UCCCAAAAGUGCCCGACGAUCACAGAGCCAAUACGGAUAGGAAAACCUACUACCGCACAGGUUCUGAAAUGGAAGCGACGCACAUUCUCUGGCUCGUUCUGUGGACAGUUAUUGCUGGGAUUGCACGAGCAUGCCCCGAGGUGUGCAGCUGUCAGGAUAAACGUCUUACUUGUGCAAACGUACAGCUGAUGGAGGUGCCUGUGAGGCUUCCCUCCAAUAUGAAGUCUAUAAGUCUCACCGCCAACACGAUCACCAUAUUAAAGUCGACUGACUUUUUGACUGUCCUCAACUUGACUUCCCUAUGGCUCGCCCACAACAAGAUCUCGACCAUACAGAGGGGCACCCUCGCUCCUCUGGUCCAGCUCCGCAACUUGGAUCUCAGCUAUAAUAAGAUUGUCCAUUUCCCAUGGGAGGAAUUUCUCAACCUCACCUCCCUACAGGUGCUGAAAAUCAACAACAACAACAUUGUCAGCUUGCCCAGCAAUGCCUUCGCCAACCUCAAAGACCUGAGGUCCCUGCGCAUCGACAGCAACAAAUUCACCACAAUCGAGCAGGGGACGUUUGACGCCCUGCCCUUGAUGUCCCACUUACAGAUCAACAACAACCCAUUCACCUGCUCCUGCAAGCUGGAGUGGCUGAGCGAUUGGAUUGCAACGUCGGAGAUCACACUCCCAGGGCCUGAGGCUACCUGCGUGGCCCCGGAGCAGCUGAAAGGUGCGCUGGUGGCAAAAAUCCCCAAAUUGGAUUGCGUGGCCCCAACAGUCGGAAUAACCUACCAGCCUGACAUCGAGAACACUGAGCUCUAUGAGGGCUUCAUGCUAAUCCUGACCUGUGAGUCCAAAGGGAACCCCAGGCCAGACCUUAAGUGGGAGAUACUUGCUGGAAACCAGUACAUAGAGUUCAGUUUGACCACUGGAGGCACCAGGAAAAAUGACCAGCCAUUGAAUGCUCAACAGUUUGGAAAUCGUUUCCUGGUGUUUCCAAAUGGUACUCUCAUCAUCCCCCACAUGAGCAAAAAGGAAGAGGGAAACUACAGCUGCUUAGCCAUCAACGAGGUGGGCAGGGCAGUGAGCUCUGUCAGAGUGGCAGUCGCUGGUACACAGAAACACGCCACCAACUCCAUGCUGGACGAAACAGGAGAUAAGUUUAGCCAUCACACAGGCUCCAAGACCUCCGAUAACAGCGCAAUCAGCCAGCCCAAGUCUGAAGAAGAGUCUGAUGUGUUUACUGGAUCAACUGACAUCACAGAUAAUGAGGCAGAACAGUACAACAAAGACCUGAUAUUUGCCAACAAAUGUGGUGUGAAUGAUGGCACCCACUACAUCUCCAACCAUGCCUUCAAUCUGAGCUCGGAUGAGCUGAAGCAGUACUCAUUUGAUUUUGGCGUCAUUGCGUUGGAGGUAUCAGAGACCGAAGCCAAGGUCCAGCUAAAUCCUCUUCAAUUGCCCAACACCAAGGCCACACUACACGUCCUCAGCCCUUCCCAAGAACUUGAAACCGUGAACAAAGAACCUUUUUACCUUUACCAAACUGCAGCCAGUAAAGUCCCUCUAGACCUAUUGUACUUGUGCACAAAAACUGGCAAUGGUCAUUCUGUAGUACAGUGGUCAAGGAUAGAGGAGGGUAUCAAUGCUUAUCGCUUUAAGGGCCUUCAGCCAGGCACCAACUACACACUCUGCCUCACAUAUGGGGGCGCAGACUGCCAGGUCCAAGUUGUCUUCACGACCCGGAAGAAGAUCCCAUCCUUAUUGAUCAUAGUGGCGGUCAGCAUAUUUCUGCUGGUGCUGGCCACCAUCCCCUUGCUGACCGCCACGUGCUGUCACUUAUUAUUCAAAUACCAAGGGAAGACGUACAAGCUGAUCAUGAAAACACAGAAUCCGGAUCAGAUGGAGAAGCAGGUGGCUGCCGAUUUUAAUCCCAGUGCGUCUUUUGUGAAAUCUGAGAACUAUAAUGUCAGCGAGUUUGGUGAGGAUGAUGGGGAUGUUGAGGUGGAAGGAGAGGUGGGAGAUGAGGAAGAGGGCGAGGAAGGAGACACGGAGGGUAGUGUAGUUGCUGAAUCUAUCCCUGUGUCCCAGUCCAAAACGAACCAGGAGGAGUUCGAAGUGUGCUCCGAAUACAGCGAUCGGCUACCUCUUGGGGCAGAGGCGGUAAACAUCGCAGAAGAAAUCAAUGGCAACUACAAACAGCCUGUCCCUUGACCCUGCAGCCUGGGAGCCUCAAAACGGAAGCGAGUACGUGUUGCCAGCCUGUAAAAUAUUUUUUUUCUCACCAGAUUUUAUAACAGGUAACUUCUACCGGUCUUUCUUGCGUAAUGUUAGAGCCAAAGGCGGUUUGCCCCGUUUAACAUUCAAAGAAUGGCUGUUAAAAACAACAAUGCUUUACACGUAUAGUGUUCUUUAUACACAUAUAGUGUUGACUGGGAUACACACCUGUUAUAAAAUGCCUUACAUUUGGCGUCACAUGUACGUAUGUGAUCAUUCUGUUUGAUUCAAACAGGGUCCGAACACUGGAUUUAUUUGUUUUGAAAGCAAACCAAAUUUGAAAUUUUAACAAGUAAAAUUGCCUUCGGACAAUUAAAAAUAAAAGUAAAAUAAGUAUCCCAUGAGAUCUGAUAAAAGCAGAAGAAAUUAAGAAUUUAGGUUCAAUUCAUUCCGAACUCGUGAGUUUAAUUCCAUUAUUCUGGACUAAAAUCUAAAUUCGUUUUUUACUCGUCUGACAGUAAAACAGGCUGUAAAAUCCCAGUCAUUGCCAACACACAGUGUUACACGUACUGUGGAUUUACAAAAAUGUAGCCUAGGUAAGUUUAAGAUUUGAUAUUUUCUGAAAUAUUAAACAGGCUAUUUUUCUUUGCAUAGCCUAUAUUUGUCGGUGGCAUGUCACACAUAGGCAGUUUUUUAUAUUUACAUUUAUAGCGCAUAUGACUUUUAUGUGCUUGUCGUUGUGUGCUGUAAACUCGAUAACAUACAUUUUUUAUUGUAGCCUUCUCCCUAAAAACGAAGAAAAAAUUUAAAUACGUCUGACGGAUUUGAGUGUAAUGUGAAUCUACGCAUAGCGGGUUUUACAUGCCUAACUGUAAUGUUUUAAAUAUCUCCCAUCCCUUCACCUCUUUUGAUAUGAAUUAAUGUAGCCUACGUGAAAUGAAUAAAACAAUAUUGAACGUGA